AUGCCGAGUCUUCCACCGGAGAGAGUUCGACGAUCACGACCCUUCCAGAACAUCGGUUUGGACUACCUUGGACCCUUACGUUAUAAGGACACUACUACCACCUCGUCCAAAGUAUGGAUUUCCCUGUUCACCUGUAUGGCAACCAGAGCAAUCCACUUGGAGAUCGUGUUGGAUAACUCCACCCAAGAGUUCUUAUGCGCACUACGACGUUUCAGCGCUCGAAGAGGAGUCCCAACUCUCAUCCUCAGCGACAACGCUACCACCUUCUGUGCAGCAGACAACACCCUACAGGAACUCAUCUCCAACUACUCGUCCAGCCGUCACAUCCAAUGGAAGUUCAUAACACCACUAUCUCCGUGGAAAGGAGGAUUCUAUGAGCGACUUGUUGGACUUGUCAAAUCGUCGUUUCGCAAAUCCAUCGGACGCUCUUUACUCCCGUUGUCACAGUUCCAAACCAUUAUAUGUGAGAUCGAAGCCAUCAUCAACUCCAGACCAAUCGCAUCCAUUUCGGACACAACAUCGUCCCCUACCAUCUUGCGUCCCAUCGACUUCAUCUCACCACAAGUCCAUCUUCAGUUGGAACUCACGGAUACGACUCGCUACGAGCAAUCCCAUCAUCAGCUCGUCGAAUGGUACCAGUCUACGCUGUCAGUUUUGGAUCAUUUCUGGAACAUCUGGUCUCAGGAUUAUCUCAACGCCAUUGCCCAACGUCACUUGUCUCGUGUUCGUCAAGGAAGAACAACUACACGUGAGCCACGCGUCGGAGAAGUCGUCCUGUUAGCCGACAAGCAGUUACCACGUGGACAGUGGACUCCAGCGGUCAUUACCUACAUCAACUACAACCAUGACCGCGUCCCCAGAAGCGCUACCAUUCGUCUGCCCAACGGCAAUCACGUCAAGAGGUCGAUCAACCAAUUCUACCCUCUGGAACUCAGCGCUGCCGAAUCGCCGUCGGAUACAGUCAUCGAGAAGUCAACGCCUUCACGUAUCCAACCGACGAGAACAGCUAAGUCGCUCACCGUUAUAUGA